CGCCCCUCACGAGCAGCGCUGGGCUGGGCUGAGGCGGUUGCUGCCGGCCCGCCCGGGCGCCGCUCCUUCUUCUUCCCUCUCCCUCCUCUCUUCUCUCCGCCUCUGCCCCCUCCGGAGCCGGCGGGACGUCCCUCUGCACCGCCGCCGACCGAGGAGAGCCUCGCCGGCCGGCCUCCCACACCCCCAUGGCCGGGCCCAGCGGUCCCCUCCGCGCCUGCAUCGUGAUUGGAGACGAUGAACAAGGAUACGACCUAGACUUGUUUUGCAUACCAAAACAUUAUGCGGAAGAUUUGGAAAAAGUAUAUAUUCCUCACGGUCUUAUUAUGGACAGAACAGAAAGGCUGGCGCGAGAAAUAAUGCAGAGUAUGGGAGGGCAUCACAUUGUGGCUCUCUGUGUCCUGAAAGGGGGAUACAAGUUCUUUGCCGACUUGCUGGACUAUAUCAAAGCCUUGAAUCGAAACAGCGACAGGUCUAUCCCUAUGACCGUUGACUUCAUCCGGCUGAAGAGCUAUUGCAAUGACCAGUCCACUGGUGAUAUAAAAGUAAUUGGUGGGGACGACCUCUCAACCUUGACAGGGAAGAAUGUCUUGAUUGUAGAAGAUAUAAUUGACACUGGUAAGACUAUGAAGACUCUUCUGUCUCUGCUUAAACAGUACAACCCGAAGAUGGUGAAGGUAGCCAGCUUGCUGGUCAAAAGAACUCCUCGAAGUGUAGGAUACCGUCCUGACUUUGUUGGAUUUGAAGUACCAGACAAGUUUGUGGUGGGAUACGCUCUAGAUUACAACGAAUACUUCAGAGAUCUAAAUCACAUUUGUGUCAUAAGCGAAACCGGGAAACAGAAGUACAAGGCGUGACAGCAGUGGCUCCCGCACGACAGCUAUGGGACUCUGAUACGUGCGUCUACAGUGCAUCCAUUUUCUCCUGCCUUUUGCUCUGGUCGCCGCCUUAAAAUCGUAGAGUUCUCCGACUUUGUUGUCCAUUUGCUCGCUAAUAACUUAUUGCAUGUACAGUAGAACAACCUCAUCUUGUUCAUUUGCAUUUGAGAAACAAAAAGAGGGUGCCGUUGUGUGUUC